AUGUUGAAACAGAUACCGGCAGAUUUCCAUAUUUUACUAUUGGGGAAAAAACUGUUUCCUGUGACCUCAGCCACUGAUCUAGGCGUGACACUGGAUAGUGGUUUGACGUACGAUGAACACGUCACAAAACUGGUUCCCUCUUGUGUCGGUAGCCUGUGUCAAAUUAAUAGAGCAAGGCACCUUUUUGAUAUGAAGACGUUAAUUCUUUUAAUAAACGCGUUGGUUUUUAGUAAACUCUAUUACUGUUCAACCAUAUGGUCUAAUUCAUCGAAGAAAAACAUUGCAAAAUUGCAAAAAGUUCAGAAUUUCGCAGCACGUAUUGUCACGGGCACAAAAAAAUUCGACCAUAUCACUCCAUCUUUAAAACAGCUUAACUGGUUACCAGUCAAUUAUAUGUUGCGAUUCCGAGAUACA